UCCUGGUACUUUACGGCGUUGUCAAGGCAGCCUGAGCUCGGCUGACUGUCGGAAAGUAGCUGCAGUGUCCGGGCCGUUUGUCUGUCCACAAACCCUCCGGUAAACUGUCCCGGAAAGUUAGGUGUAACUGAAAGGACUCCUUCAUCCUGAUGUGAUGACAGAGGAUCUAACAGCUGCUCAGCAGCAUCAUAUCGGAGGACACCAGGACUAUAAUAAGCAGACGGGGUCUAGAAUGAGGGUCUGGAUCCAUUUAUCGGGACAAAGAAAGACUGUUGCUGUUGACUGAGACCUGAUGGGUCGUCAGAGUUGGCAAUAGCAUGCCAGCUGUAAAAAGUAAAGUUGGUUCAAUGUCUCAUCGCUACCGGCCAGCCUCGGAGUAUGACGACGCCACACUCGCCCAGAAGAGAGAAUACUGGAGGAAGAAGAAGCGCGAGCAGCGGGCUCGUCUGUCGGAGCGGAACGGGGGAACGCUCCCACACCUUCAUGUUCCUGUAGAGACCCUGGAGAAAAGUCCCAGAUCACAGAUCAGAAAUCCAGGGGACGAACAGGAGGAAGAGGAGCUGCUUCAAACAAGGAAAAUCAAAGUUUCCCCCCAGUUACAGCUGGUUUCAGACUGCAUCCUAGCUAAAGAAGCUCCUGAAUCCAAUGGAACCCAGCUGGACACCAGUUCAUCAGUGCCUCCUGUCACCAGAACCACCAGUAGCAGCUCCACUUUAGUCCCCGUAUCCCAGUCGAAAGCACAGGCUGCACCGCCUGUCCAGCCCAAGUUCAUAGCCCCUGAUGUGACCACAGUUUUGGCAUCUCCGUGCGGCCAUGUUUCCAUCAAAACAGAGGUCAGAACCCCAAACACAACAGCGCAGAGGGUAACAAAGAGAGGCGCGAACCCCACGCCGAGGCCUGGAGGUGUUGGAGCUUCACCAGCUUCCAUGGAGUCUGAGGAGGAGCGAGCAGCCAAGCGAAGGGAGCACUGGAGGAUCAAAAAACGAGAGCAGAGAGCGAAGCUGGCAGCUCGUGUAGCUAAAGCCAGAGAGCGGACGCAGAGCAGGGAGGUGGUUCUUCAGAGGCCGGAGGCCGGAUCAGGUCUGCUUCCAGCUCUGUUUGUGAGAGGAGUGGCGCAGAAACCGAGUCCCAUUCGGGUCAGCGUGUCGAUUCCAUCUGUAAGUGAAACACGAGGUGGAGCAGCUAAACUGCUGGCACAACGGGGAACAGUUCAACACCCACAUGGAGAGAAGACGGCGCAGACGGCUGCCAUGUUGGAUGCUUCUGUACAACCAGCCGAGUCUCAGAGAAAAGCUCCCAGUUAUCUUCAUCUCUGUAACCUCAGCCGAGGGAUUGCUCGCUGUAAAACACCCAGGCAGAGGUUCAUCGAGACCCAGAGGAGCUUCAUGAACCAGAGGAGCUUCAGAUGUAAACCUCCGUCCAUGGCCUCAGUGUUUGGACCCAGAAGUUUACCCAGAAUCCACCCCGGCGACACCCCAGAACAGAUCAUCGCCAAACGGCGAGAGUACUGGAGGGUGAAGAAGCGCGAGCAGCGAGCAAAGCUGUCGAUGGAGACGAAGGCUCAGCUGAAGGAGAAGGAUUCCCUGAUGAGGAGGGUGAAGCGUUACCAGCAGAUCCUGGAGGAAAUGAGGAGGGCCAGAGCUCUGGCGCGGUCCGCGGGAAGUGGCCUUACCCACGCCGGCGAGGCCAUCGGAGGGUUCAUCAAGGAGGACGGGACGCUGACUGUCAACGUCCUCCACAGUCCCAAACACCAAAAUACAGCUGGAGAAGCUGAAGAGCUGCAGGUGCUUCCCAAGAGUUCCCGUACCAGCACUCAGCAUCGGACAAAUCCCAGACGGAGCACCGUUCCCGUCAUCAGGAUCAAUCAGCUCCCCCCGCCCGUCAGAAAGACUCCCAGACUUCUGUCUAUCAAACCCCACCCUCAUCCUGCUUCAACUGGGCCCAUGGCAGGGUCGAGUGGCGGCGUCAGGAAAAUGGCGCUGACUCUGGACCCGGGGCUGACGGAGGAGGAGAAGAUGGCCAAAAAGAGGGAGUACUGGAGGGUAAAGAAACGUGAGCAGCGAGCGGCGAGGGCCGGGGUAGCUUUACAGAGGAGGAAGGCUCACAAACAGGCUGUUGCCAUGGAGACAGGCUUUACAGGGAGCACACAACCUCUCAACGCAGCGGCUAUUCCACCACAUGGAGAUGGGAUAAAACAGGAGUUUGAGCCAGCAGCUGACCUUAAUUCUCCAGCAGAGCCAACCAUCUGUUUGGACAUCAAACCCCCGACCUCCCCACCGCCGCUGGAGCAUGACCCUGCUCUGAGCGCCGACAGCCAGGCUACCACUCUGCUGGCCGUGGCCUCCAUGAAGAAGCUCCUGGAGGAGUCGCUCAGCACCGUCACAGAGAGCAGAAGUCAGCAGACUUCCAUUAAAACGGAGGUGACAGAAGAUGCUCCAGGACCGGAUGUUAAACCCAGUCUGCCUCCCGUUUUCUUCCAGAAGGACGUCAGUCCCAUUGCUGCUGAUCUGACUCUGCAGAUCAAAAGCUGGCAUCCAGACAUUGAGGACACAUCAGGCUUCGAUGUCAAGACUCUAUCCAAACCUCUUUCCGCCUCCAACGAGGUCGUCCACUCCUCCCCGAUCCCUUCAACCUUCAAAGGGAAUGUUGCCAUGGAAACACCUGAUGGCCCAACUUCACCACGCAGAACCCAGAGGCUCUGCUCCAAAAAGAUAGGACAUCCAAGCUGCUGCCCCCCGGAGCCACCGAGGCUGCAUCACAUCCCAUCUACCACCCCAGAUCAUCAACAGGAGCAGCAGCAGAGCAAGAAGCAGCCGUCUGGACAGAGGAGCUGCAGCAUGGCUCCAGAACAAGGAGGUCUGAGCAGCCUGCAGAGGAAGAGGGAGUACUGGAAGAUGAUGAAGAGGCAGCAGAGAGCUCGGGUAAAGGCCCGGCAGAAGGACAGGCAGGGAGAGGGAGGCGGUCGUUUCGUUUCCAGAAAUGUCCAGACUCCAGGACUUAUGACUGGUCCAGCCAAACCACCCGUCUCCUCGGUGUGUGGAAUCCUGGUCGUCAGCCCGACAUGUUCUGACCAGUCAGCUGAUCUGGUCCAGGUCCACCUGCCUCCCACCAGCAGAGAGGACCCUCCCCAAAAUGUGACGAAGUCACCACAACGUUUUCUGGAGCGGACUCCUCAAAGCUUGGAAGUGGACCUGGCCCCCUCUCUCCCCACUCUGAAGCCCCCAGAUAACCCACUAGCCAGCAUCAACCUGCAGCCCAUCGAGUCCCCCAGUCAAAGUCCCACUUCCAUCCUCAGUCCCAUAAAAAUCCCAUAUGUCCAACUUCCCAUUCUAACCAGUAAGAUGUCAUCCUCCAUCAAGCCAGCACCAGUGAGCACUCUGGUUCCCCCCAAGCCCAUCCCAGGGGAGUCUCAGGAGGACUUUCUGAGGAGGAAACGGGAGUACUGGAGGAUAAAAAAGAAGGAGCAAAGAGCCAGGAAAGCCGUUCAGGACAAAGGGAGCAGCCCGGGCAGAUCCUCCGGCACCUGGAGGCCCAUCCUGCCGGGCCAGGACCCCCAGACCCAGAGACCGGCCCAGGAUUCCGGUCGGUGGAUGAGCUCCUCCGAGGAGUCGGAGCAUCUCAUGAGCCUCCCAGUGGACUCAGAUCCAGGACCGUUUCCAUACUCGGAUUACUCGGCACAGGUAGAAGAUGAGUCAGCGCUGCUGUUUGCAGAGCACGAGGAGGACGAGGAUGAGGAAGGUCCCGUCUCGGACAUCGUGUGGAGGAAUCGCUACCUCAUGGACUACGACCCACUCAACCAGCUGCUGGUGUGCAUGGUGUGUGGAGAGCUGCAGUACUCCCACGGCCUGGAGGGCGUCAGGGCCCACAUCGACGAGGCCCACCCCCACACGCUGACCCUGGAGCCCGGGGAGAAGCAGCGAAUCCUGGAAGCCUGGGAUGAGCAGGUGUCCCAGCGGGAACGCUUCUUCACCAGCCAGCUGCAGCAGCACAGUGGCACUCUGACCGAAACAAACAGGAACUGAGCAGCACAGACGACUGCAGAGGCCUGUACCACGAAGCUGGAUUUUCUCUAAUCUGGUAACUUCAGGGUUAACUCUGGGUUCUCUGUACCACGAAGCUGGUUCACUUCUUACCGGGUAAAUCACCAUGGUAACUUAGGCUGAACGCUAACCUGCCUCAGAGCAGGUUCUGUUCUGGAUCAAAGACCAAGUAUAAAAGCUCCACCUCCUGAUCAAUCAGAUGUCUUGGGAAAUGUCCCACCCAUUCUUAGUAGAUCCUGUCCAUGUUGGUGGUGGAUGGUGAGAGGAGGCUGAGGAGAGGAAAAGUUUUAGGGACAGAUGCAGCCUUCUGAUGAAGGACUGAAGCCUUGUCUCUGAGAGCUUUAUGUCCUUGUUCUUGACUUGUUCUAGAGUCCGUUUAGCUCCACCAGGGUUGAUCUGAGAUACUGAGCUAAUAAUGAUGCUCACACAACUACUCAUGUCGUCAUGGAGAGGAAUUCAUAUUCCAACACAAAUGCUCACACGGAGCCUCUAAAGACCUGGAUGGAGACUAGAAGCACUGAGAACACAGACCUCCAUCAAGACAUUUUAUAUAUUUAUUUAUUUAUUUACCAGUGACUGGGCAUUCUUUUUUAGUUAGAAACUCUAAUGGCAAAAUUAGAUCCACUGGAUCGCCACCAAAAUAUAAUCACUUGUUCUUUAUUUCAUUUCUUACAUUUUCUGAAAGUCCAACCAAAAUCCGUUCUGUUGCUAACAGACGUACGUACGCCUGCAGAGGUUAUAAAUAAAAAGGAAAGUAAGGAAGCUCUGCCCGAAACGUCUGCGCCUAAUAAAGAGAAAUUUAGUGAUCAGUGUUUCUCCAUGUCUGCGAUUGGUCAGGUGCUGCAAACUCCGCCCCUUUUGUGAUGGAAAACUCUGGGAUGAAUUAGCAAGUUGAUAACCAGCUUCGUCGUACCGCUGGUCCAGGUCCUGAAUGUCUGGGUAACCCGGGUGUGCUAAUCCCGCUUCGCUGUACAGGUCUCAGGUCUCAGCCGGAAAGCUUCUUCUUAUUUAUCCUAAUACUGUUUUUAUUUGUUUACACUGUCACAGAAAGUCACCUUCAGCCCCAAAGCAACCUUACCUCGUUUCCUACAGUAUAAACUGAACUGAGAUGUUUUAAGUAAAAACAAGGAGCUGGACAUAUUCAGAGCUGCAGGGAUUUUUCUGACUCCACACGUUUAUAAGACAAACACCUGAACGCCACACGCCAGAAAACACGUCCAGAACCAUCCUCCACGGCUUCCUGUAUGGUAGCUGAUGAUUGUCUGGAAAUACAGAAACACAGAGGAAGCACAGAGGCCAAAUGUCUUUGUUUUAAGCAUCAUUAUUAUUAUUUAUUGAAUCUUUUCUACAAGUGAUGACUGAUGCAUAGUAAAUGUCUGUAGGUAGCUCCACGUUAGACGUCCAGUAUCUGCUUUGUUAGUGCUGAAAGGGUUCCUGCAUGAGGACAUGGACCAUCUGUGGAGUGCAUUCCCAAGCUUGCUUUUCUCUUUUAUACGACUUUCCUGAAGCAAAAAGGAUGGAUUCAUCUGCUGUUUGAGCACAAAGCUGUCGGGAGGAAGUUCCCGCUCUGCUAACUGGAAGUUACGGAUCCGGUUCGCUUCCCUCGAAUGUAACGUUGACUUGAUGACUUCUUUAUUCGUUCAGAGAAUCUUUAAAUGCCUUUUCAGUAAUAAACCUUUUCUACUC